AUGGCAUCAAUUAUCAAGACACUGCGCCCUGCAGUUCAACGGGCAACGACAUACACGGCACGUUCAGCUGUUAGAACUGCUGUUAGAACUGCUGGAGCAAGAAGAAUAGGGCAGCAGCAUGCAAGACCUCUCUCAUCCACCGCCCGACGACGCAACGAAGCCGUCGAUAUCAGCGAAAUCCCUCCAACGCCCAUCACGCACCUUUCCGAAAUCGAAGCCGCAAUGGCCGACUCGGUCUCAAAAUUCGCUAACGAUAUUAUUGGACCCAAGGUGCGAGAGAUGGAUGAGAAGGAGUCGAUGGACCCUACUGUUGUAGAGCAGCUGUUUGAGCAGGGUCUCAUGGGCGUGGAGAUUCCCGAGGAGUACGGUGGUGCGGGAAUGAACUUCACAGCUGCUAUCGUGGGUAUUGAGGAGCUGGCUAGGGUGGAUCCGAGUGUAAGUGUUAUGGUGGAUGUACAUAAUACGCUGGUCAAUACGGCGGUGUUGAGGUAUGGGAGUGCGGAGUUGAAGAAGAAGUGGUUGCCAAGAUUAGCGACGAAUACUGUUGGCUCUUUCUGUCUCUCUGAACCCAUUUCAGGAUCAGAUGCUUUUGCUCUUGCCACCAAGGCUACCAAAACCGAUUCGGGAUAUAAGAUAUCGGGUGGCAAAAUGUGGAUCACCAACUCCAUGGAAGCUGAAUUCUUUAUUGUCUUUGCAAAUCUCGAUCACAGCAAAGGUUACAAAGGUAUCACAGCGUUUGUCGUUGAGAAAGGCACCAAGGGCUUCUCAAUAGCCAAGAAAGAGAAGAAGCUGGGUAUCAAGGCUAGCAGCACGUGCGUGCUGAACUUUGACGAUGUCGAAAUCCCAAGGGAGAAUCUACUAGGUGAAGAAGGACAGGGAUAUAAAUAUGCCAUCGCCUUGUUGAAUGAAGGACGAAUCGGCAUUGCCGCCCAAAUGACUGGUCUAGCACUCGGCGCUUUUGAAAACGCCGCAAAAUAUGUCUGGAACGAUCGAAAGCAAUUUGGCCAGCUGGUUGGCGAUUUCCAGGGAAUGCAGCACCAGAUUGCACAGUCGUAUACCGAAAUUGCUGCAGCCAGAGCUCUGGUAUACAACGCAGCGCGGAAGAAGGAAGCAGGCGAGGACUUUGUGCAAGAUGCUGCGAUGGCGAAGCUUUAUGCAUCACAAGUCGCCGGUAGAGUGAGUGGUCUUGCUAUUGAGUGGAUGGGCGGUAUGGGGUUCGUGAGAGAAGGUAUUGCAGAGAAGAUGUGGAGAGAUAGCAAGAUAGGAGCCAUUUACGAGGGGACCAGCAAUAUCCAGCUCACGACCAUCGCGAAGUUGUUGAAGAAGCAGUACUCGACGUCGUAG